AUGCUACCACCUACACCAUACCCCCCAUCCGACAAUGUCUACAUGUACAAUGUAUCUCGGACUCGGACUCUUCCGCCGGCACCUGAUAUCGUCAUCUUCGAAGAACAGGAUCGCCUGCGCUUCCUCGACGCACUCCAGACUGCACGUCUCUCCAUCGUCGACCCACUGUCCUACCCGAACGUAACCGAUCUGGCUACCGUCGGGUGGUAA